CAGGAAACGCAGAUCAGGACUCCGUCACACCAGCUUUCCGUCAGCUUCCGCGACUUGAAGACGACAACCGCCUGAAGACAACGUUGCCUGAGAUACAAUCAAGGUAAGGAACCUUUAAUUGCUGCGUAGGUCGCUUGCGCCUUCCUCGAUCGGAGGGCAAACCGCGAUUCCUCGCUGCUGAAAUACCGAUCGUUUCCGCUCAGCCGACCUGACGCGUUUUUCCCCCGCCGACUCCCACUGACAAUAGUCCCCAGAGCCGAUUCAAGAUGAGGAUCCAGGUCUUUGCCCUCCUUGCGGCAGCUGCGGCCGCCAUCGCUCAGGGCGUUACGGACAAGAUUCCUCCCAAGGGAGCCGCCCCCGACGGCUGCAAGGCCAGCCUGGACGGAAAAUUCGAGAUCACCGUCGUCGAGUUGAACAAGUUGAACAACAAGGUCAAGAAGGACCAUGCUAUCCAGACCCGUGGCAAUUGCGGCGGCGACGGUACUCUUGUUCUUCAGCUCGCCGACACUGUCCUGACCGACAACCAUAACCGCACUGGUUACAUUGCUUCCAACUUCCAGUUCCAGUUUGACAACCCUCCCCAGGCCGGUGCCCUGUACACGGCCGGCUUCUCGUACUGCACCAACGGUUCGCUCGCCCUCGGCAGCACCACCGUCUUCUACCGUUGCCUCUCGGGCAACUUCUACAACCUCUAUGACCGCUGGUGGGCCGCCCAGUGCGAUCCCGUCGAGAUCAUCGUGAUGCCGUGUGGCGGCGAAGCCGGCCAGACUGGCGGCAACAACCCGAGCCAGACGGUCGUUGGAACGCAGGUGAUCACCACCACGAUCGUUUCCCCGCUGAGCGACGGUCAGCCGCAGGUGAUUGUCACCACGAUCCCUGUGCCUAUCUGCCAAAUUGGCGACGGUGAGUCUUCUUUUCCUUUCUUUCAAGCUCUGUGACCCCCCUCCCAUCCCAGCGAUAC